GGCGGGGCGGAGCGGAUUACCCGCCCGACCUUUUAUCCGAGCGCUCCGUUUUCUUCACCGCGGUUAAGAGUGCAGUAACGGCGCGGAGUGAAGAAGAAAAUCGUGCGAUGCGAGUGUCGCAGGGAAAAGCAGCGGGCUUGCGAGCAGACCCAUGCGCGCGCGUGUGAAGCGGAAACGCGGAUGUAGCACAUGGAUUGUUUCGGUCUCAGGUGCGCGACGCUGCUGCUCGCGGUGACGCUCGCGCCGCUCGUCACAGCACUUAAGUGUGUGUGUCAGCUGUGUGCGAAUUACACGUGUGAGACGGAGGCUGAGGGCGCAUGCUGGAACUCUGUGAUGCUCAUCAAUGGGAAGGAGGAGGCUGUAAAGUCCUGCCUGUCCCCCAGUGAGCUGAAGGGACAGGUGUUCUGCUACAGUUCCAAAGAUGUGUCAAAACGCAACUGCUGCUUUACUGAUUUCUGCAACAACGAAACACUUCACUUGCGCACAGAAACAUCCGCUGAGGACUCUGAUUGGGGACGGCUUGAGUUAUCAGCUAUGAUCCUGGUGCCGUCCUGCCUGCUGUGUGUUGGUGUGUUUCUGGGCGUGUGUGCUGUCCGGAACCAGCGCUGCCUGCACAGUAAGAGCCGAAACCAGGAUCCAGAGGAGCCUCUGGACGACCAGAGUCUUGUGUCAUCAGAGAAAUGCCUGAAAGAACUGAUCUAUGACUUGAGCACUUCAGGCUCGGGAUCAGGGCUGCCACUGCUGGUACAGAGAACAAUAGCACGGACCAUAGUGCUGCAGGAGAGCAUCGGUAAGGGUCGUUUCGGAGAGGUCUGGAGAGGGAAGUGGCGAGGAGAAGAUGUGGCUGUGAAGAUCUUCUCUUCCCGAGAUGAACGCUCCUGGUUCUGCGAGGCCGAGAUCUACCAGACCACCAUGCUGCGGCACGAGAACAUCCUGGGCUUCAUCGCAGCUGAUAACAAAGAUAACGGUUCGUGGACUCAGCUGUGGCUGGUGUCGGAGUAUCAUGAACACGGCUCACUGUUUGACUACCUAAACAGAUAUACGGUAUCUGUGGACGGCAUGAUCGUCCUUGCACUGUCCAUUGCCAGCGGCCUGGCUCACCUUCACAUGGAGAUCAUCGGCACUCAGGGAAAACCAGCCAUCGCUCACAGAGAUAUAAAGUCCAAGAACAUCUUGGUGAAAAAGAACAGCACUGCAGUUAUCGCCGACCUGGGACUGGCUGUCAAACACGACUCCACAACCAACACUGUCGACAUCCCGGCUAACCACAGAGUGGGCACCAAGAGGUACAUGGCCCCUGAGAUCCUGGAUGACACCAUUAACAUGAGCAGCUUUGAGUCAUUUAAGCGGGCUGAUAUCUAUUCUCUGGGUCUGGUGUUCUGGGAACUGGCCAGAAGAUGUUCAGUCAGAGGGAUACAUGAGGAUUUCCAGCUGCCUUAUUAUGACCUGGUGCCUUCAGAUCCGUCGAUGGAGGAAAUGAGGCGGGUCGUGUGUGAGCAGAAACUGCGGCCCAACAUCCCCAACCAGUGGCAGAGCUGUGAGGCCCUGCGAGUGAUGGGUAAGAUCAUGAGGGAGUGCUGGUACGCCAACUCGGCCGCUCGCCUCACUGCGCUACGUGUGAAGAAAACCAUCUCUCAGGUGACAGUGGUCAAGGACGUUAAAGAGUAGCGCACACACUACCCUCUCAAAGGUGCUGAUGACCUUUGAGUGACCCCUUCAUCACUCAUUAAGGGACCAAAUUUCAAAACUCUUUGUUCUGUCGAUGCCAAAUACUCCAGUGUGUAGCAGUGGAGCCUUCUCUCUGCCGAGGGGCGGAGAGCGAGAAGGAUUUCGAGUUGCUCAGAGUGAAUCUGGUCUCGUUUCGAGAAUGCAGAAGGUGCAGGGAGUAUGCAGAGGAACUAUGAACUUGUGUAGGAGCAAGAAUUCAGUCAUUAUCUGGAUGGCUUACUAAAUACGGCCUAUUUUCUCACUUGACUUGUUUUCUUCAUCUCUUCUUCGCUUCUCCGUAUGUUGUCUUUGCUUCCUUUACAGCCUCUCAUCUCCUUUUAUGUCGUCUCUUCUCGUCACUUUCACACCUCGCUCCUCCAGUGGCUUUAGGGGUUCCUCUACCUGCUGCAGCACAUUGAAAAAUUGUAAAAAAAAAAAAAAGAAAAAAAAAAGAGGGAGAUUGUACCCAAUCACUCUUUGCAUUUUUCAGUAACGGGACGGAUAAUAUGUGUUAAUAGUGUAUACUGAGUUGCCAGUUCAUACAUCUAGCAGGUAUCUACCCUUAUUGAACAUUUUAUGAGGUACAACUACAAUAUAGAUCAUUUUUAUCUGUCUACAAGGACUAAUUGUUGCUCAUCUCUUGGUCUACUCAAUUCCCUAUCUAUCAGUUCGAAAGGGACCACCAUAAGACUAUGACUGCGCAGAUGUUAUUUGAGUGGUGAGCAUUUUCAGGACAGCCGAGACAGUGACGUGAUAGCGUUUAUGGUCCUGGUAUGAGUGGGUCAGGUGGAGCAGUGUUUCCGGGGUUUUUAUACUUCUUAAUGUCACUUCUGGAAGUCCACCAACCGAAAAUAUCCAGCCAGCAGCCGCGCUGACACAGAUGAUUACCACAAAAUGUUGUGUGUACAAAGUUUUUUGCCAUUUACAUUUACGGUAUCGGUAGAUAUCCAGUAAGCAACUUAUAUUUAUCUCAUUUAUAGAUCUGAGCCGGUAAGGGUUAAGGGCCUUGCUCAAGGGCCCAGCAGUGCCAGCUUGUGGUGCUGCGGUUUGAACUCACAACCUUCCAAUCAGUAGGCCAACAUCUUUACACACUGAGCUACCACUGGCUAACCACGGUUUCCCCUGUUGAGCUACUGUUCCCAUGGCAACAAGGACCAUUUGUUCAUUUCUGUAAUUAUUUCUGUUUUGGCCUUGACACUUCUUGUUCUGUCAUUGCUUGGUUCCUCAAUUGUGUGCACCUGUUCCUGGCUUAGUCCAUGAUUAGUUUGUCUAUAAAUCCCCUGUUGAUUCAUUGUCUCGUUGCAAAGACGUGUCAUGCGUUAAGUCAGACUGUGUAUCCCAAGUGGCAUGUUUCAUAUUUUCAUGUUUCCUGGUUUUGACUGUUGCUUGUUCUUCAGAUUAUGAUUAUGGAUUAACCCAAGUUAUUGCCACCUAUCUGUGAUUUUCUCUUAAAGAAACCCACACUACUUUACACGUUUGUGUCCCUACCUGAUCGAUCUACACAUCUAGUGUUAAGACAAUCCCAGAUUUCCAUCUCACAUUUGUAACAGGACCACACAUACUAACCAUGUCACUAUCGGUGCUGUCUUGAGAAUGAUCCACUAUUCAUACAAUAUCAGUUGAGGUCACAUGGCGGUCUUGUUCCAUUGAUGGACAGGGUAAAGGGGGCUGAUAGAUUGUACACGACAACAGAUGAGCUUCUUUCUAUCUGAAUCUAUAGUCUAUAUGAUAGGUGUAAGUAAUAAAAUAGUCAGUGAGUGGAGCUGCAAGGUGGGCACACUUAAUAAAGUGGUAACUUGAUGUACACUCGCCUUGCACUUUAUUAGGAAUACUAAUGUGUACACCUGCACAUUCAUGCAAUUAUCCAAUCGGCCAAUCACGAGGCAGCGGCGUAAUGCUUCAAAUAUUGCAGGUAGAGGUAGAGCUUAGUUUAGCGUUCACAUUAGAACGGGAAACAAAUAAUCAUAGUCGAUUUGAUCAUGGCAUGGUUGCUGAGUAUUUCCAGAAACUGCUGCUGAUCUCCUGGGAUUUUCACACACAAUAGUCUGUAGUGCGAAAAACAAAAAGCUCCCAGAGAGCAUCAGUUCUGCAUGUGUUGAUGAGAGAGGUCAGAAUAUAAUGGCUAGACUGGUUGGAGCUGACAGGAAGUCUAUGAUAAGCCAAAUAACCGCUCUUUACAACUGUGGUGAACAGGAAAGUCAAAAUGCACAACACAUCCAGCCCUUGAGGCUACAACAGUAAGAGACCACAUUGGGUUCCACUGCUGUCAGUCAAGAACAGGAAUCUGAGUUACAGUUGGCACAGACCCACCAAAACUGGGCAGCUGGAAAAAGCCCAGGCGGCAGAUACAGGUGUUCCUAUUAAAGUGAAUGCAUAUUAAACAUCAGUAUUAUGAAAUGGUCAUGAGCCUGUUAAAUUAGCUUGCUGCAUUUGUCAAAUGGAAACACAAGCAUUUAUGUUCUGGUUAUACUCAUGUAUAACUCAUAGCAUUGUCUAAAGCAUUAUAAUCAAUCUUUAUGGAUCUGCUCAUUUAAAGAUCUGACCCAAGAAGCCGAGUGCUUUAGAAGCAUGAGCUGGAGCAAAAAAAAAACAAAAAACGGUCACUUGAACUUUCUGCAAUUAUUGCUUUCAUUCUACUCUGCUAUACAAGUUGUACUCCCUGUACCUUUCCGAAUACAGUGAUGACUGCUACCUCAUGUGCUUUCUCUAAGAGCCAAAUGCUUCGAGUCACGCAUUUUAAGCGUUGUGCCAUAACUGCUUUGGCUGAUAUUAUGCCUAUAUACUGUAUUCUUUAUGUAUAUGUGGAAUGUUAUUGUUACUGAGCAAAACACUUAUGAGACAAAGGAUUGAUUGAUUAGCAAACAAUAAGUCUAUGGAUUAAUUAACUGGCAGAUUAAUCACACCAUCCAACUAAGCUAUCUAAACAAGCAAUCAAAAAAUGUAUUCACAUGCAUACCAAAAAUUCAGAUAUAUAUAUAGUUUAUAUAUAUAUAUAUAUAUAUUAGUUCAAUAACACAUGUCCUGGUUGGGUGAUUUGAUUUAUGCAAAAUGCAAAUCCACGAAUCACUUUAAAGCGAUGUUUUGAACGUAAAAGAGAACCCUACAUUCUUUCAGAAAGACGUAUGAAGACAUCGUUUUAUUUUUAAGCGUUUCGAUUUCGGAUUUUUCCAUAUGAGCACUAUCACUUUCAGUUGCACUGCACAGACCUUUCCAUAUGACAAGCGUGACUUCCUGUCGAACAGUGUUAUUUUUUUAACAUGAAAAAAAAAAAAAAACUAACAAAAAACAAAACCAAACUAACAGCUUUGCAAAGAAUGUCGAUCCGUCUAUCAGCAUUUACAGUAAUCAUUAUGAUUGCUGAAUUUGUGAAGGGUCAAUGCAGUUCUCCUUAAAGUCUGUGUAUUGCCUGUAUAUCUGUAUUAUGCAUACAACUCAGCCGUAUGCUCACUGAGCUGAAGUGCAAUAUCAUGUGUACUUUCAUAAAAGUACAACUACGAUUUGAAGCCUUUUAAUGACGAAGCUUGAUGCGCAUUGUAUGCUAAUAAUACAGGUGUGUGAUAAUGCUGUUCUAUAUGAGCACUCCUAUUCCUGCUUCCUUGCAUUGCAAUAUAGAGCAGUAUUAAGUUGCUCAAGUUGAUUAUAUCUAAAAAAAAAAAAAAUUAAUAAUAAUAAUAAUCAAAAUGAACGUAUGUAUGAAAAACAAAAUGGAUAUCUAUGUGUUUGGAUCCUGAAUGGAGAAAGUCUUCUUACCCAGAACAAUGUCUGAUAUGUAGCUUGAUUUGACAUAUUUUUACCCUCUAUUCAUGCAACACCCACCAUCGUCAAGCUAGGCAGACUGUAAUGAAAUAUAUGGUCACUACACAGCAUGAAAUUUAAUGAAUCGGUACAAGCUACACAAAUCAAGAUAUAUAUCAGAUGCAUGGAAAAUACAAAGAGAUGCUCUUUUGAUAUUUCAUGCAGGAUGCGGUUGAACUGUUCUAGCCUGUGAACUUUUAAAAGAAACCUGUGGAACCAGCAAGCAACCUCGUUGAAAUAACGGGUCGCUUUUCAGCAGCCAGUUACACCAGUUGAAUUUAAUAUCGAUUGUAGCCUGGUGCGAAUUUCAACUGUACCAUCGACAAAACAUGUAAACAGUUGAAAUUCCACAAUUUGCUGUCUAGCCAGUAUAUCAGCAAGUGAUAUGUACCACAGCGAAAGCUUUUAGAGAUUUAGACGUCGUGAGCAGGAAUUUGUAGACAAUGUGUAACGUCGUAGGCAGCCAGUGUAACUUUAAUAACUCUGUAGUAACGUCCUCUGUCUUUUUGUCUUUUAAGAAUACACACCGCUGUAUUUUGGUCCAUCUAAAGCUUCUUAAGGCUAUCUACAAAGCUGGAGCACCAUUCUUACAAAAUAUAUACCUUUUGUUAGUGUUUUCAUGAAGGUGCUGGAGAGCACUCUCAACACAUCCGUUCGAAACUCCCGUCCUAAUUGAACACCUAAAAGAGAUUUUGGAGUGACGUUUUCGACAGCACUUUCCACCUCCAUCAUCAAAACGCCUAAUGAACCGAACGCCAACGUUAAAGUGGCUCAUGGUGGGUCGAAACUUUCCUAAGAUAAUUAUGCUGGUUUUUUUUUUCUCCUUUAAUUUGUCACCUUGAAGUGUCUGUGGUGCCAACAUUGUUCUAUACAGCACUAAUUUUGAACUAAUUAAUCUCAACGUAGGGAUUAGGACAGACUUUACAAGCUGACUUGCAGUCUCACUUAAGUUCAACUGGUGCAACUGGCUACUGGACAGGUAUGGACAUAUCUUCAGAGUCUAAAACACUGUAUGUCAACCGUAUGUUUUUCUUUCAUGCUACUGCUUUGGUCUUCUUUCCUGCGUAGUUUAGUGUUCUUCCUGCUCCAAACACAUUAUUUAAUCCAGUAUGCCUACUUGGCAAUAUGCUCGCAGAAAGUCUUCGUUAAGCUUCAGUAUCAGAUCAGUGUCAGGUAUCAGCUGACACCUUUAAAAUAUGUAUCAUGUCAAAAAAAAUUUGGUAUUGGUAUAUCCUUAGAUGUUAUGACUUUGGGAGAUUUCUAAUAUUCUGCAGGAAUAUAAUGUGUGUGUAUAUGUGUAUAUAUGUUUGUACGUGCUAGUUUUCAGGCCUGGACAUGGCUGGAUCAGUGAUGUAGCACUCCUGGACCUGGAUUUAAGUCUGAUUAAAGUUGUGAUUUUCAUGACUUUUAAACUGA